GGCCGUCGAAAGGGAUGGCACGAUGGUGCCUCCAAAGCUCGUGAGGAGUUCUUGUCGAGGCCGUCUUGUGGCUGAGCCAAGAAAGAGCUCUCGAUGUUUUACGGAUCAGAUUGAUGCGCACAAGAUUGAUCAAGGGAGGCUUUUCAUCAGAAAGAUUGUUUCUUUUUUUGUGAAAAUCGUCGAUUCGGUGUUUCGAGUCCUCUGGUUUUCUUCUCUCUAAAAUGCAGAAGGCUCGGCAGGGAACAAUGAAAGUCAUCAGUAAGCAAAGCCAGGCCAAGACUAAAAACGUGGAUGGGGACGUCUUUCCAGCAAGAUUUUCAGAAGAAGACUUCUACACAUCCUACCUUCUUCGUGCUCAAGACAAUCCUUCCACGUUUGCUGCACCAACUUCCGCUCGUCACGUUGUUACUACCAUCAACGUGUCGACCACAGGUCGACACACAUUAAAGCAGAGCCCUAUAUCAAAUUCUUGAGCUUAACUCCAUCCCGUCACAUGCCGUAUUCUAGAAGAUAAGUAGGAUUUAAGUGAUCACUGAGUUUACCGCAUAAUUUGGGAUUGACCACGAGUAGGUACUACGGUGAAGUGUGUGCUCUUGAGUGGACCACACUCCAUGAUGGAGCCUCUAUUGCUACAGCACUUUUUCCCAUGUCUAUCCUUGGCUGCGAAGGGAGAAAGAAAUGGAGGUGUGGAGCUAAAAUAAAGUGGUGGAAGGUGCAGAGGAAGAUGAUUGAUUGACAGAAAGUCGAAGCUUUACGCCAAAGUCUGCUUAUAUACGGAAUGAUGCAUUUAUAUUCCUUCUUUACAACUUCCAGCAGAUGACAUCUUGACCUUGUCCGGAGCGAUGCUUCCGGGGCAGAAUGUUGAAUGUCAUGAGCUGGAUGCUACUGAACUAUCUCCAGCAACGCAGAAGCGGAAAUUGCUCUGACAGUCCCGAUCCCCGAGUCCAGUCCCAUUUCAGUUCGUUGGACCUUGCUUCAUGUCGAAGAAAAACGAGCCCCGGUUUUUCACCAUCGUGGAGUUCAUGUCAACAGAGCCAAGUUAAAUCCUGGGGGCCAAGCAGAUGACGAAAAGGUGAAAAUCAUAUCCGCAAAUGAAUAGAGGCUUCCUGCAAUUUGACUCUUGUACUAUAUUCUCGCUAACUCUAGCGCGACCAACGUAUGAACAAAGGAGGGUAAGAAACUUUGUCAGUAGGUUUCAAACAUGAGUUUGUAAUGAGGACUGUAAUUAGGUAUAGAGGAAGUCACCGAGACACAUAGCGAGACAUCGUGUGAAUUGUAACUCUCGUAUAAUUUCUGCGUCACAAUUAUGAGAAAAUCGUCACAGCAUUAGAGAGUCCGAAAAGGUGUAGCUUUGGCACGUUAUUAUUUCUAUAUUUUAUUUAAAGAACGGUAAGUACUUUUACUUAUAAAUCUUAUCCCAUGUACAAGGAAAGCAUACCCUAUGACCCAAUAAAAUAUUAUACUGUUAUAAAAUAAAAAAUAGAAAUUUGU